GUGUAGACUGUACACAUAUCUGCUAUUACUACGAAUGCUCGACCGUGAGUUUGGACGACUUCGCGAUGUGGGUAGUGUACAUAGAACAGGGGCCGAAUUCGGCCUUUGGCCAAGAAGCGAUGAUGCUUGUGGCGAAGUCCAUCGAGAAGGGAACAGCAUCUGGAAAGUAAAUAACAGACCGAAUAAGUGGAUCGCAUCGAAAGGAGAGUUGAUACUUCACGAAUGUGUGAUUUGUGCUAGUAUAGUAUAUGGUAUAGUGAUGGUGUGCAUUGUUGCCCUACAGUGAUAACCAACUACGAUUUCCAUGUUCUAGAGUGUCCUUGAGCCAUUGGAGAAAAUGACUGAUGAUCUCGCAGACCGACUGGAUGAUCUUAUUUGCACGUUUGACAAUGUAGCAACGUCGGAUUAUGGAACGCUGCUUCUCCUGCUUGUGGCGUGGAUGAUUGUGGGCCUCAGCCUUGCUUUCUUAAACAACUUCAUCCACAGUCAAACGUCCAAGCCUGUUCAAAAGUAUGAUCCGUCGCAAAGCCAGACAAUACUCUUGUCGUCUACAUCAUUUUCAUCAUCAUCAUCAUCAUCAUUGGGUGAUGGUGACAUCACGAGCGCUUGUAGUACGAAAGGCCUGAAAAAAAAUAAGAAUCGUCCAGGUAUUGGCCAGAAUAUGACACUGGAAUCUUUGGCCAAUGAGGAACAUGAAUCUGAGGCAGUUACGGCAAAAAAUGCAGCCAUAGUCGAGAGUGCACCAUCAUAUCCUAUGGCUGAUACUAAUCCAUGUAAUCUGUCGAGAAUUGUCGAUCUGCCUGAUAAAAGUGCAGAGAAAAGGCUCGACGAACCUAAGCAUGAUCUGUUGUAUGACAUUCCAAUUCACCCACCGAAAUUAGUUCUCCCCGAGAUUUGCGUUUCCACGGAAUCCCUGCCCAGUAUAAGUGGUAUUACGAUUCCAAAAAGUUUGGGGUCAGACGACGAAGCCUCCAAAUGGGUGAAUCAGUGCUUCGAAAAUGUAUUAAAGAAUUCUAGUGUUCGUGAGGCCAUUUUAAGACAAUGGCAGGAUGCUUUGGUGGAUUACAUACGACAAGCAAAUGAUGGGGAAGGAUUCGAUCUUGAUGUCAUUGAAAUCAACCAAAUAGAUUGCCCUCUUCUCAGUAACGUCAUGACAAAAUCUCAUCCUCAUGAUAAUAUGACUGUGACAGCGGAUCUUGUGGCCGCAUUUUCCCUCCAUAUGCGAAUUCAAAUACCGAGCUCGGAAGUGGGGAAAAGAGAAAAGAACACACCCACGGAGCAAUGGGAUUGGUUAUUGCUUGUUCAAGAACUGAGAGGACGGAUCAGUUUGGCAAUUCUAUCCAGGGAGCGUCUCAUCAUUGCCAAAUUGGACGGAUGGCCAGAGGUGACAAGUCGAAUGGCUGUGCCAAACUCGAAAUUGGACUUAACUCGAACUGAGCACGACGAGUUUGGACAAAGAUUACAUGACAUGAUGAUGAUGGCAAUCCGAAGCUCUCAAAUAACAAUCGACAUGGAGGAAUUUGGCCACCAUGUUUUCCCAGUGUACAAGAAGGUUCCAAAAAGGUUGAAAUCUGUUUUGAAGAGCUCGGGGGAUCACAAGAACCGGUUUCAAGAGGCCCGAUCCCGAUCCGCCUCUCUUGGGGCCAGGCUCAAACAAAUCAAAGUCCACAUAAGCAAAGCCCGAGACCUGGGUAAUAGUUGCCGAAAUCCAUACGUGGUCAUAGAAAUGGACGAACCCAAUCAGAUCUACACCUCGUGCAACGGGAUCGUCAUAGAUCAGGGCAACGAUGUGUCCUUUGAAUACGAUUGUAGCUUCAAUUUAAACGCUCGCAGUACGGAGAUGCUCUUUGAGGUGUGGGAAUCUGAUUCUGGAGGAAAUGGAGAGAAGCAAUUCUUGGGAUUGGGCAUUGUCAGCCUAGAGGAGCUUCUGAUCGUUUCCAAGCAAACCCAAGUGAUACCCCUUCAAGGGGGGCCCUUUGAGGACUUCAAAGAACCAGUGAAUGGUCUUUUGACGGUCGAAUUUAACGUUUUGGGAUCCGAAGGCUGUGAGAUGAAUAAUCGUGGGUUUAGGGAAAUUGAACGAGACGAAGAAUUGAAAUCCCCUGGGGUUUGGAAGCACGAAGAAAGAAGCCUUCGUCGCAAUAAUUCGUUCAAAGAGGCUCUUGAAUCGUUUUCAGUUUUAGAAACGCCUCCACUUGAAAGUUGUGGAGCGCCAGCGCUUGAGCAGCACCCAUUGGCCAAAAUUCCAGGGGACAGCGCCACUUCGCAUUUUAAUGGGGAUCAAAAUUAUCUCGUUACAAUGCCGGAGAAGACAUUAUCGUCUCCAGCUACACGAUUACGGAAAGAUGUGAUGGCUAGUCCCCAUGUCAAUCCCUCUGACUCCACUGCACUUCUGUCUUUAGAAUUGAGCCCGGUUUUGGAUCGCGGUCGGAGAAAAGGCAAGAAGAGCUUGAUGAAGUCACUUCGGCACCGAUUGAGUACCACUGCCCGAUCCUUGUCUUUGGAGCAGCACCUUCAUCAAGAGCGGCAAACGCAGUCAGGCUCGCUCGGGAACGGGUCUAGUGGCGUGAAGAGAAAAGGCCAACCGAGAUCCAUUUCAUCGGACCAUCGCGGCAGGUCGUUAACGGAGCUAAGACAGGGAGCCCUCGAUACCCAUCCUUCCCGGUGCCCAAGACGUCAUUAUAGGAGGAAACGGAAGGACGAUGUACAUCGAGGCGUCACUUCAAAUUUGUCUUCCUCUGCUUCUUCUUCUUCCUCGUCGUCGUCCUCUCUUUCGUCGUCGUCGUCGUCGUCGUCCUCCUCCUCUUGGUCGUUAUCGUCUUCAAUUUCUGACUCCAUGAGCGAGUGCAGUCUGACAUUAGGGAGCUGGAAAGGGGCUCUCUCGGGCAGUUGGCAAUCGGCUUCUAUUUUGAAUGUGCCUUCUUUGGGAGACGACGGAUCCAGCCAGAGUGAUCUCUCUGGAAUUAGCAACGUCUCUAAUCGAACCUAUUUGAAUGAGGAAUCGUCUUUAAUUUUAGAAGCCACAGACAACGGAAUGAAAAGGGCUUAUUUGGUCCCCUAUGAAGUGGCAAAGCAAGGCAAGCUAAGAAGGAAGGGUGUCAAGCUGCAUGUGUACAUGGAUCAUAUUUUUGUAGCCAAACAUGUCAAAGGUGGAACCAUGUGUGAAGUAUGUCAAAGCAGUAUUCCCAUUCGACUUGGAAAACAAGGAUAUGUGUGUCGUGAUUGCGGUCUUGUAUGCCAUAAAGCCUGUCAUGUGCGAGUGGAAAAUCAUUGCACGGAGACCUCAUUACCCGCAAUGGAGAUAGAGUGCUAUAAUGAUUCUGCGGUCAUGAAAGCGAAACCCAAAGACGAUUUGGAUCCGAGACAAAAACCUACUGAACUCAAGUAGUAGUGGUCAACGUCCAUCAACAGUGUACAUUAAUAGAUGAAUUCUCGUCUCAGUGGCUCGGAUCUCAAGUGAUUUAAAUGGAGUUACCAACGUGAAGGUCAAAGAGACCUCAGAUUGACCAUGAAGUAAUUGGAUGUUUAUAUCGAAAAAUAAAACUCUAACACACGAAAUUAUUA